AUGACCUUGACUGACCUAGAAAUCUGCGCCGAGGAAAUUGCAACCGCCGCCAGAACCCUGGCGAGUGACGGGCACUCUGGCGGGUAUUCAGCUGGGCUCCCUGACCAUCUCCGACCCGUUCAGCGAACGCUGAUUGCCAAUGCCUCGCAAGUAUUAGCCCUCGCCAGCCAGCCCGCCGACUUGAACCAGCUUUUGGCAUGCUUGCGGUGGCUGGGGGAGUUCCAGGUGCUGGCGUGUAUCCCUCUGGAUGAAUCCGUACCCUUUGAGGACGUGGCAGACAUUGCAGGAGUCCCUGAGUGUCGGCUACGUCGGCUGGUGCGACCGUUAUUUACAAUAGGCUUUCUUUGUGAGCCGUCACCGGGGCAUGUGGCCCACAGUGUGUUGUCGAAACAGUUCGUGACCCAACCAGCCCUGCUGGACGCCAUUCUUUUCAUGUCGGAGACUCUGGCUCCGUCAGCAUCAGCUAUGGGGACCCAAACGCGCAGGUUUGGGGCCUCAGAGCAGGCCGAAGAUUCCGCUUGGAAUAUGGCUGUAGGAAGUGACUCCCCUUUUGCCGCAUGUCUUCAACAACGACCCAAGGUUAAGCGGCAGCUGGGUGCCUACCUCUCCUACGUGUCAAGUUCAAUUGAUGCCGGCGUGGAGGAUACGCUCACUCGGAUGAACUGGCAAAACUUGGGAAUGGCAACGGUCGUGCAUGUGGGCGCCCAGUCACCCUCACUGGUUGUUGCCCUCGCUCCGCAAUUUCCAUCACUCCGUUUCCUCGUGCAGACAGAAGCUAAGACCGAGUCUGGCGGUCAUCAACCAUGUCUCGAUAAUCAUGGCAUAUCUGCAUUGAAACUAGCGAGCAUACCUCUGCAUCUACGCGCACGCAUCACUUGGGGUACCCGUCUAUCAACAGCAACACAACCUGUCCUCGAUGCGGCCGUGUAUCUCAUCUCCAUCCCAUUCCCAUCCCCACAGUCGCCGGCGAUGGAAAUCACCAUGCGAGUCGCUCAGGCGCUCAAGGCUCAUGUGGAGGUGUUGCGGAACAAUUCAGACGAGCGGCUCAUUUUGACGCUGCCGAUGUCGUCGGCCACAAGGUCGAUGGACGCCGCGGCGCGAGCGGCGGUCAGUCUGAGCGAUCUCUCCUUACUGCAGCUAACCAAUGGGGGUUCCCUCAACAUGGGCGAGAUACGAGACUUGCUGCGCAGUCGCUCCGACGGGCUCGUGGUGAUGCGGGAAGUUCGCUCUCCCACCAACGCUGUUAUUGCAUUUGAGAUUCAGUACCGUGUGGAUAACGAUGACAACCGAUAUUAA